UUCGAGGGUAACUUUUCCGGCGGAACCUGACCACUAUAUACCCUUUCAAGUGGAGGAAGCAUAGGAUGGUAUAAGUGCAAAGGAUAUUUUAGAAUGUGCUGUCGAGCAUCGGUACGGGCACAUCAAUCAAAAUUCCUUUUUUCCAUAUCCAACUCUCCAUAAAUGUGUCACUCAUGGCCUUUCAUUGAACACUCACACAGAGAAGCUUAACAACAUAUCCAUUUUACAAACUCUCUUUCUAAUUUUUCUUUCACAAAAAAAAAAAAAAAAAAAAAAAAAAAAGAAGAAGAAAAGAGAAGGAAAUAGAGAAAGAUGGUGAAGUUCUCUAAGCAGUUUGAAGGACAACUAGUCCCUGAAUGGAAAGAAGCUUUUGUUGAUUAUUGGAAACUCAAGAAGGAACUCAAAAAAAUCCAUCUUCUUAACAGUACUACUAAUAACACACCCAACAAGCACCAAAAUAACUCCUUAUCCAAUACCUUCUUGACAUCUUUAAGGAAUUUAUCUCUGUUUGGUCCUCAACAUAGAGACCAUGAAAUCAUUCAUGUUCAUAAGAAGUUAGCUUCAUCAGCAAGUAAAGGAGACACAUACGAGACUGAAUUGCUAGAGCACUUUGCUGAUACUGAUGCUGCUAAAGAAUUCUUCGCAUGUUUGGAUUUUCAACUUAACAAAGUGAACCAGUUUUACAAAACCAAGGAAAAAGAGUUCCUUGACAGAGGGGAGUCUUUGAAAAAACAAUUGGAGAUUCUCAUCGAGGUCAAAACCGCAUUCAAGCAACAGCGUGGCAAUGGACCUUCUGCACAGGACGACUCCAAGGAAGAUGCCUCUAUAUCAUGCACAAUCUCCUGUGAGGAGGACUCUGUCAGGGGCAAAACAGAGCAAGAACAGAUGCAGGACAACAAUAGCAUGGAUGAUUCUGAGAGAAACGAUGAAGCACCAUAUACAGACUCUCCAAGGUCAGACAGUGUUGGAAAAUCAAUGAGUAUGAGAGGAGAAGACGGAAGAUUAAGAACUCUCUCGGGUAGAGUUUUCAAUUGCCAAGGGAAGAACUUAAAGAUAAAAAUUCCUUUGACAACACCUUCUCGUACCUUCUCGGCGAUAAGUUAUUUGGUCUGGGAUGAUCUGGUUAACCAGAACUCCAAGAAAUGUGAUCCUGAAAGCAGAAAGCUUCAUGUCAACAAGACCAAGUUGCAUCAUGCAGAGAAAAUGAUCAGAGGAGCUUUUGUGGAGCUCUACAAAGGGUUGGGUUAUCUCAAAACUUAUAGGCACUUGAACAUGCUUGCUUUUAUAAAGAUCUUAAAGAAGUUUGACAAAGUCACUGGAAAACAAGUUCUUCCUAGUUAUCUUAAAGUAGUUGAAAGUUCCUAUUUCGACAGCUCAGACAAGGCAAUAAAUUUACAAGAUGAAGUUGAGGAUCUGUUUAUCAAAUACUUUGCUGAAGAAGAUCGACGAAAAGCCAUGAAAUACCUUAAACCACAUCAGCAUAAAGAAUCACACUCUGUAACCUUCUUCAUAGGGCUAUUCACAGGGUGUUUCAUAGCACUUUUCACUGGAUAUGUCAUUAUGGCUCAUAUUACAGGGUUGUAUAGAAGCCAACCAAAUUCAGUCUACAUGGAAACUGCUUAUCCUGUACUUAGCAUGUUCAGCCUGUUGUUUCUGCAUGUAUUCUUGUAUGGUUGCAAUAUUUUUGCCUGGAGAAAAGCUCGUAUAAACUAUAGCUUUAUCUUCGAGCUGACCCCAACAAAGGAGCUUAACUACAGAGAUGCUUUUUUAAUCUGUACAACAUCAAUGACUGUUGUGGUUGGAGUUAUGUUUGUUCAUUUGUCAUUGCUGACAAAAGGUUAUUCAUAUAGCCAAGUUCAAGUAAUCCCUGGUCUUCUUCUAUUGGUAUUCUUACUAUUACUUGUUUGCCCCUUCAAUAUUGUGUACCGUUCAAGUCGUUAUUGCUUUCUUCGUGUGAUAAGAAAUAUUGUCUUGUCACCUCUCUACAAGGUUGUCAUGCUGGACUUCUUCAUGGCAGAUCAACUUUGUAGUCAAGUUCCGAUGCUAAGAAACCUCGAGUAUAUAGCCUGUUACUACAUAACUGGGAGUUACAAAACUCAGGAUUAUGGUUAUUGCAUGAGGGCCAAGCAUUACAGAGAUCUUGCUUAUGCAGUGUCUUUUCUACCCUAUUACUGGAGAGCAAUGCAGUGUGCUAGGAGGUGGUUUGAUGAGGGACAGACAAGUCACCUUGUGAAUCUAGGCAAAUAUGUAUCAGCAAUGCUAGCUGCAGGAGCGAAAGUGGCUUAUGAAAAAGAAAGCAACGCUGGAUGGCUCUGUCUUGUUGUGAUCAUGUCAAGUGCUGCAACAUUGUACCAAUUGUAUUGGGAUUUUGUAAAGGAUUGGGGUUUGCUGCAAAUGGAUUCCAAGAAUCCAUGGCUUAGGAAUGACUUAAUGCUUCGUCGAAAGAUCAUUUACUACUUAUCCAUGGGAUUGAACCUUAUUCUCAGGCUUGCAUGGCUGCAAACUGUCCUCCAUUCAAAUUUUGAACAUGUUGAUUACAGGGUAACUGGGCUAUUUUUAGCAGCCCUUGAAGUCAUUAGAAGAGGGAUGUGGAACUUCUACAGGUUAGAGAAUGAGCAUCUAAAUAAUGCAGGAAAGUUUAGAGCAGUGAAGACAGUACCAUUGCCCUUCCAUGAAGUGGAUGAGGAAGACUGAUUUGAUUUGCUUUGCUUUGCAUUGCCAAUUCCAUGUUGGCAUAUGAAGAAGUUGCAUUAUACAGAAUUGGAUUCCUAGUAAUGGCCAAAAUUGAAGAAUGUUUCCCAACAAAGAACCAGCUUGUUGAAUUGAUUCAAGUUGAUGAAACAAGAACCCACAAAAAAAAGAAACAAAAAAAAAAAAAAAAAAAUCAAGGAAACAAAAAACAGCAGCUUGUUUCUGAUCUUUGUUGUUGUUCAGUGAAUCUUGGGAACAUUUUUCAUACUUGUACACUAAAUUUUUCACUCAUCAAUGAAAUCAAUGAUGAUGGAAAAGCGCAAUUGCGUUAAUAAAUUCCUUUAUUAUAUAUUAA